CGGGGUGCAGAAAGUACGAGCGAGUUGCAGCGAGUUGCGAGUGACCGUUGAGGGAGACGGAGAGCGAGAGAUCGCGAUCGGACGAUCCCACCUGUGGUCUCCCCGCGUCCUGCGACAGCCCGACGGACGUCGUCUCCGCUCGAGACCGAAUCCCCCUCUCCCCCCCUCCGACACGAUGGACAUCGACGCCGAGACCUGUCUCAAGGAUUGGAACGACCUGGCGCAGGAUUACAAGGAACUCGAGGCACUAAACAGGGAGUACCUUGUGAAAUUGGAGGAAAUCGGCGAGCUGCAGGCAAAAUGUGUCAAAGGUAUCUCCCACCAGAAGUACCGGAUGGGCAUAAUAUCCAAAUCCCUGAAACAGCUGAGCACGAAAGAUGCGCGAGAAGACCUGAGGAACUCUAUGGCGAGGAGGGAGCAGCAGCUCAGGGAGAUCGAGCAAACGUUACCCAAAUCCAAUGGCGUUUACUUACAAAUUAUCUUGGGCAGCGUCAAUGUCUCCAUCUUAAAUAAAAAUGACAAAUUCAAGUACAAAGAUGAAUAUGAGAAGUUCAAAUUAGUGCUGUCGGUGAUCGGCUUCGUAUUGUCUGUGUUAAAUCUAUUUACCAAUAUAAGGACCUUAGAACUUAGUUUUAUGUUUCUCCUCGUCUGGUACUAUUGUACGUUAACGAUAAGAGAAAGUAUACUCAAAGUGAAUGGCUCAAGAAUAAAAGGCUGGUGGAGAUUCCAUCAUUUCCUCUCGACAGUGAUAGCCGCUGUUCUACUAGUCUGGCCGACCACAGGAUCGUGGUACGAGUUUCGUAACCAGUUCAUGUGGUUCAACUUGUAUAUCAGCGUAGUUCAGUACUUGCAAUUUCGGUAUCAACGUGGCGUUUUAUACCGAUUAAAAGCACUGGGCGAAAGGGACAAUAUGGACAUCACCAUCGAGGGAUUCCAUUCGUGGAUGUGGCGCGGCCUUUCGUUCCUGCUGCCGUUCCUCUUUGCCGGUUACUUAUUUCAGCUUUACAACGCGUACACGCUGUUCGAACUAUCGUACCACCCGGAGGCGACGUGGCAUGUAUCGGUGCUUAGCGCAAUGUUCCUCGUGCUGUUUCUGGGUAACACCACCACCACCAGCAUGGUAAUCCCGCAGAAACUCGUUAAGGAACGCAUUAAGGAUCAUCUGUUCGCGUCUAAGCCCGAUCGCAGAAAGGAGGGGAGCGCACGCGAUAAAGACAAUAAAGUUGAAAAGAGUGAAUGAAGGGAGAACGUUGGGUACUUCAGGCUGAUGAACGGCUCAACUCGGUUACAAAAAAUUUGAAACAAUUGUAAAAACAUUGAAUGAUUAUGCUAUAAAAUGGUGUUGGUGCUGGCUCUAAAAUAUAACGAACAGUACUUCGUUGCGUUGAACAAAGGUAAAUUAACACAUACAUACACAUGCACAUAUACGGCGUAAGUGACUUCGACUACAAACGAAGAAGAGAGUUUCCGCAUAUUUUUCUUUACUAUACUCUUGGAUAAAGUCCAAGGGUUGAGUGCUCUCGAGAGUGUUCUUUGUACGCUUCGACCGUCCUGAAAUAAACUUGCCUAAUUGCAACAAAAGGCUUCUCGAAUGAAUUUGAGUCACGUUUUUAACAGAGGAAAGUAUCAAAUAUAUGAAAGAAUCGUGUUCCAUUAUAUUCUUUAAAAUUAAGUAAUCUUUAUAGACGAAAAUUAACCAAAUUUAUUUGAAAUUAAUCGAGUGCUAUGACUUAAAUUUACACUUAAAUUUUUUGUCUUUUAUUCUCUGGUGAAAAACAUGCCUCACUUUAAAUCCUUCAUUAUCUAAGCAUUAUUUGGUGUCUCGAUAGUUUUGAUUGGAGGAAAAUUGUCUAUUCCACAUUGGUCGAACAAUCGUAAUUUGCCGUUUCAUUAUGGAACAUGUAAUUCUUCGGAUUAAAGUGCUUGAACCAAACGUAAGCAUUUAUAUUUGAUGAAAUCAAUAACAUACGAUAUUAUGGUUCGAUCAUGACACGCAAUACGAUGCGCAAAUAUUGACGCAAAACUGUUUGAUAAGAUGCCAGCUAAUCUUUUGGCGGGGAAUUUAUAUGUAUAUAUGUACACAUAUACACAACACAUACAAACACGUAAAAUGUAUAUGUACAGGCUGUUUCUUAAAGUUUGCUAGUGAAAUUAUGCUCAUAUCUGAUGAAACAAAAAUACUCUAUACACACAUCUAAAAAUUGUGUAGUCAUUCUACAUGAAGACACACAUAAGUAUAUAAAAGUACAUAUGCGAUAUCGCGUAAAGAACACGUUUGUUCGUAUUACGAGAUAUCGCGUAUAAAAAGAACACGAUUCAUGUAUAAUUCAUGUACAACUACGACAAGCUUUGCUCCGAAUGUAUUUAUUGAAAUGUAUUUACUCAUGUGUAAAUAAAAGCGUGCCGAGCCGCCUAAUUCUACAACGAGAACUUGCAGUUGAAAAUUACUUACGCGUCGAGUCGCUAAUCCGAGUUUUUUUUUAACAAGUUUCUCAUUUUGUUUCACACUUCUAUUCCAUCGUGUAAGCGUGAAAAGGCAUGUUUCGUCGAACGCCACGAAUAUUUUAUUAUAUACGCAACUUAUAACAACGAAUUAUGUAAAUUAUACACAAUUUAUAUGUAUGUGUAUACAUGUAUUAUUUAUAUUUAUACACACACAUAAUAGUAAUUUUGUAAUACAAUUUCUGUAAUGCAUUAUUUGGACAGUAAUGCGAUUUGGACCAUUUUAUUAUAACUAAUAAUGUAUCUUUUUUGACGAAUUAAGAAACUGAGUGAUGCG